AUGCGGGAGCGCAUCUGGGCGCCGCUGCUGCUGCCGCUGCUGCUGCCCCCGCCGCUGUGGGGCGGCCCCCCGGACAGCCCGCGCCUGGAGCUGGAGCCCGAGCCCGGGCCUUUGCAGCCCUUCGACCUGCUCUACGCCAGCGGCGUGGCCGCCUACUACAGCGGGGACUACGAGAGCGCCGUGCGCGACUUGGAAGCGGCGCUGCGCAGCCACCGGCGCCUGCGGCAGAUCCGCGCGCGCUGCGCCCGCCACUGCGCCGCGCGCCGCCCGCUCGCGCCCCCCGGCGCCGGCCCCGGGGCCGAGCUGCCCUUCUUCCGCGCCUUGCUGGAGCGGGCGCGUUGCUACCGCAGCUGCGAGACCCAGCGCCUCGGGGGACCCGAGUCCCGCCACCGCGUGAGCGAGGAUGUGCGCAGCGACUUCCAGCGCAGGGUGCCCUACAACUACCUUCAACGGGCCUACAUCAAGCUUAACCAGCUGGAAAAGGCAGUGGAAGCAGCCCACACCUUCUUCAUGGCCAACCCUGAGCACAUGGAAAUGCAGCAGAACAUUGAGAAUUACAGAACUAUGGCCGGCGUGGAAACGUUCCAGGUGGUAGAUCGAGAAGCCAAGGCGCACCUGGAGAGUUAUAAUGCAGGAGUUAAACAUUAUGAGGCUGAUGACUUUGAGCUGGCUAUCAAGUACUUUGAACAAGCUUUAAGUGAAUAUUUCAGUGAAGAUAUGGAGUGCCGAGCCCUGUGUGAGGGGCCUCAGAGAUUUGAAGAGUAUGAGUAUUUAGGGUAUAAAGCUGGACUCUAUGAAGCCAUUGCUGAUCACUACAUACAGGUGCUAGUUUGUCAGCAUGAAUGUGUGAGGGAACUUGCCACCCGCCCUGGCCGGCUCUCCCCCAUUGAGAACUUUCUUCCCCUGCAUUACGACUACCUGCAGUUUGCCUACUAUCGAGUUGGUGAAUAUAUAAAAGCUUUGGAGUGUGCCAAGGCUUAUCUUCUGCUCCAUCCGGAUGACGAGGAUGUCCUAGACAACGUGGAGUACUAUGAGAGUCUGUUGGAUGACAGCAUUGACUCAGAAUCCAUUGAGGCCAGAGAGGAUUUGACCAUGUUUGUGAAGCGUCAUAAAAUGGAAUCUGAACUGAUAAAAUCAGCGGCAGAGGGUCUGGGAUUUUCAUACACUGAACCGAAUUUUUGGAUCAGAUAUGGAGGACGACAAGAUGAGAACCGGGUUCCUUCUGGAGUGAACGUGGAGGAGGCAGAAGUUCAUGGAUUGUCAAUGGGAAAAAAGUCAUCAUCCAAGAUAGAACGAGACCUAAGAGAGGGUGGCCCUCUGCUCUACGAGAACAUCACGUUCGUCUAUAACUCGGAGCAGCUGAACGGGACUCAGCGGGUUCUUCUGGAUAAUGUUCUAUCGGAAGAACAGUGCCGGGAGCUCCACAGUGUGGCCAGUGGAAUCAUGCUUGUUGGUGAUGGGUACAGAGGAAAAACUUCACCCCAUACUCCCAAUGAAAAGUUUGAAGGGGCAACUGUCCUGAAAGCCCUCAAGUUUGGUUAUGAAGGCCGAGUCCCACUGAAGAGUGCCCGUCUGUUUUAUGACAUCAGCGAGAAGGCUCGAAAGAUUGUAGAAUCCUAUUUCAUGCUGAACUCAACCCUGUAUUUUUCCUACACACACAUGGUCUGCCGAACAGCUCUGUCUGGUCAGCAAGACAGAAGAAAUGACCUCAGUCACCCCAUUCAUGCUGACAACUGCCUCCUGGAUCCAGAAGCCAAUGAAUGCUGGAAGGAGCCUCCGGCUUACACGUUCCGGGACUAUAGUGCUCUCCUCUAUAUGAAUGACGACUUUGAAGGAGGAGAAUUCAUAUUCACCGAGAUGGAUGCUAAGACUGUGACGGCCUCUAUAAAACCAAAGUGUGGGCGUAUGAUCAGCUUUUCAUCAGGAGGAGAGAACCCACAUGGGGUGAAGGCGGUCACCAAGGGCCAGAGGUGUGCUGUGGCACUGUGGUUUACCUUGAACCCACUUUACAGAGAAUUGGAGCGAAUACAGGCCGAUGAAGUGAUCGCAAUCCUGGAUCAAGAGCAGCGAAGAAAACAUGAGCUGAAUAUCAACCCCAAAGAUGAGCUAUAAAAAUGAGAAAGAAUGUUCUAUCAAAUAUUUAUUUAAAUUGUUAAUCUUAUGAGAACAUUUUUAUUUUUGUACAGAGCUGUGGUAUAAAUUAACAGGUUAAUAUGAGUCACCAGAUCUCCCUUCUGUUCCCAAGGGUGCUUGCUUUGCCUCGCUCAGUUUAUCUUUCCUGGAUUUUCAUCAAUUCAUCUCUCAAAGCCCAGUCAACCACCCUCCUCCGCUCCCCCCCCAUGCACACACACAAUUCAUUUGUCGUGGAUUUAAAAGCUGAAAUAGAAAACAUAAGUUUGUUCUUGGAGAAGCUACAGCUUUCAUGUAUGCUCUAGUUCGAAAAGUACCGUGUGAUUUGGUCUCAGACCUUUCUGCCUUUAAGCUACAUCCUCUCACCGUGCUGACGGCCAUGAAGUCUUACUCUCUGGAGCCAGCUCAGCCUGGAGUCUGAGGAGCCCUGGCAGAGUCGGGGUUUCAAACUGGUUCAAACCCGUUCAGUCAUGGCCGAUGAAGUGAAAUCACAGUAGACGCAAACUUCUAGAAUUUGGGUGAUGUGGAACGAUAACCGGAACAGGAAAAAUUACAGGUAGAAGCCCUGGAACGGGAGACUCAGGAGAGGUGUAAUGAGCCCUUUCAGGAGCCUGAUGCAGGAGAUUGGAUUAUUGCCAGGAAUAUGGAGCACAACACACAUUCAGAGUGGUGCGGUCAACCGCCAUCUCUGAGCAGGGCACACUGUUUCCGACUCUGCUGGUCAAGAGAUGUGGUUGCCAUACAACAUGCACACUGCCCUUAUUUUUUAAAAGGAAGGUUAAAUUUCUGGCAGGGCGUCAAUGUGUAAUUUUUCCCAUUCCAGUUCACCCACAUUUUACAAAUUCGACUCCGUUCCAGUUUCUUCUUGUUGACCAUGACUGAACUGAAAAGAACUGGUUGAAGCCCUGAAUGGAGCCUACACUGCCUAAGCUGUCACUGGCCAAAGGGUCAUCUAGGCCCUGAGAAGGAACCACUCUGAUGAGUACUGGAGGAGACAGUCUUUUCAGGGCCUUGGUGGAGUUUUUGGCUCUGGCGUUUUCGCCAGAGAACAAACUUACACUGGAAGCUUCGAUUUACCCUCCACAGUGCUCUGGAAAGGACUGCCCUAUGAGCUGUGUCUUUAAAACGCCCAUAUAGGGGCUGGGAAGACUGGCUCUUCACUCUAGUGACUUUGGAGGAAAAUCUUAAACCCCACCUGGAUCAGGACACCAUUGCCAGGUUGCCUGAGAGGGGAAUCUCCUGGCGAAAAGGGACAUUUUUUUUGUACUUAAGUUAGAAAAGUUGAUUUCUGUUUGAUUCCAGUCUUCAUCUGCAUGUAGUUUGGCACCCCUCCUCUUUGCUGCUACCCAGCACUUGGACUUGUGCUUGGGUCCUAUUCAUUAAAUAAAGGGAGCCUUAUUUUAAUAUCUGGCAUUUGUAUGUAUUCUCCCAAAUAUUUUGGAAUAUUUUCAGAUAAUGGUUUUCUAGUCCCACAGGAGAUUUUGGGACAACUCAGGGGCAAGGUGGGGCCAUCGCUAGUUUUGCUGGCAGGCACUCCAGGGCCUGAAGGAAGGUGGGAGCGCUGCUUUUGAAAAAAGAGAGAUGGUUGGCACACAGGGGUGUUAUUCCAGAGAACGUCUGGUCCUUGGCCCCAAUUCCAAGAGGACACUGCAACAAUAUUGUUCAGAGGGGCUAGGGCCAGCCAACACCAACUAACAGGAAAGCACUUGCCUUUGUGGUGAUCAGUAACAGAGGUGACCCUUAAGAAAACUAGCAUUCCAAACAUUUUCUAAAAUUCAGAUUUACUUUCUUCUCUUCAUGAUCUUCGUUAAUGUAAAAAAUUUCAUUCUCUGAGAUUGAAAAGUUGAUUAUAGUGAUUUUCAUGUCAUCUGUUUUCCACCCAACCUUGUGGUUGCAUUUUCAUCACAAAGAGUGGAAAGAAUGUUAGAUGUUAAUCCCAGCCCUACCAGAUAUAACCUGCUGUGUGACCCAGAGGUAGUCUCUUUCCCUCUCUGGGCUUCAAUUCUCCUUUCUGAAAAUGACAUAAUUGGUUGCAAUUGUUUCCAAAU